AUGUCUAGGAAGAUGAGAAACCCUCCAGCCUCCCUGGGGACGCUCGUCACGCGGUCGCAGCUGAUGCUUCUCUUCUUCGUCCUCCUCAUCAUGGCUUGGAACUCUAUCUGGCUCAGCAGCUCCGGCUUCCGCAAGAUCGAGCGCCAGGACGUUCUGACCCGUGUGCAGGAGCAGGUGAAAGCUGCCAAGGCGAAGGGAGAGAAGGACAAGGAGCGAGGAGAGGAGAACAAGUGCACUCCUGUGGUAGCUCGACUGAGCGAGCUCGAGCGCUACGGGGUGGAGUCAGGACGCGCCAUGUCUGGCUCUCAGCUCUCAGACUUCAUCCUCAAGGCUCUGGAGACUGUUCCUCAAGAUACCAAGCCGCUCUGCGUGAUGGAGGUCGGGACGGCAGACGGGACGGGGACGACGGUGCAGCUGGUGAACGCUCUCUCCAAGUUCUGCGGGAAGCACGGAAGAGACUGGCAGCUGGUGACGUACGAGGGACUGACGUCCUCCUUCAAUGAGGCUCAGAUGCACUGGAAUGAGCAGAGAAACGUCAAGGUGGUGAACGAGCUUGUGAUGACCCGCGAGAAGCUGCAGCAGUUCGUCCUGCCCAACAUCGAAGGAGGGGAGGGGUCCGAGUGGCCAAGCAAGCAGUUCUACCGCAACUUCUACCAAGGGAUCGACAAGCAGAUCGCCUCCCGCGAGGUCGCCAGCUGGUUCCAGACGCGCCCGCUAUGCAAGCCGGACAUGGUGCUGAUCGACAGCACGCGGUUCGCUCACCUUGGAAUCAUCGCGACCAUCCUCGACACGCCAGGGAUGGCGGAUGAGCGGACGGUGUUCCUGAUCGAGAACGACUUCUGGAAGAAGGAGGACGGACACGAGUGGGUGAAGCGAACCCAGCGGGAGAUCAUCGAGAAGGGCAUCUACGUGGAGGCGCCGCUAGGUGAGGAUCACCCCAAGGGCGAGAAGUGGCCAUGGCUCUACUUCCGUGCGAGGAUGAAGCAGCCAUCCGCUGCUGCCGUCGCUGACCCCAAGGAUCGCGAGCCUACACUUCCGCGUCCGCUGGUAAGAAGUGAACCCACAAUCUUGGGAGAGGAGCGGAAGGAGGAAACGAGAAAGACUCAGAGCCGGGAGGAAGAGUCAGGAGGAGGGACGAAGAAGAAGUCUUGGAUACAAGAUGAUGCCAAUGGCGAUGGCGAUGGUUCUGCUCCACCUGCUAAGAAAGGCACCUGCACUCAAGUCAUCCCCAGUUUGAGCUUGACAUCAGAACUGAACCUCUUCCUUCGCAAAGUCUUGAAGAGCGUCCCUGCCGGCAGCUCCCCCGUCUGUGCUGUUCGCGUGGGAACGUCGGAGGGGACGAGCAGCACCGAUCAUCUGGUAGACGCCCUCAACAACCAGUGCGAGGAGAAGCAGCGAGACUGGAGCCUGACGCUCUUCGAGGGCCUCACCCGCAUCUUUCAGGACGCGCAGUGGCGGUGGCAGGAGCAGGGCAAUGUGAAGGUUAUCAACGAGCUGGGCUUGAGCCUUGAAAACCUCCGCAAGUACGUCAUGCGUAAAGUGGAAGGAAGCGAAGGGAACGAGUGGCCGAGCAAGGGCUUCUACUCCAACUUCUACGCCGACUUCGAGCGGCAGGUGGCGAGCAAGGAGCUCGGCCGUUGGCUGCAGACACGGCCUGGAUGCAAACCAGACGUAGUACUCAUCGACAGCACGCGGUUCGGGCACUUGGGAGUUAUCGUGAGCAUGUUGGAAGGGGAGGGCAUCGCAGACGAGAAGACCAUCUUCAUCAUCGAGAACGACUCGUGGGAGAAGGGAGAUACCUUCAAGAUCCUCGAGAGGCAUCUCAAUCUGGAUAAGAUAGACAAGGAGCAUCCCAAGGGAGAGCAGUGGCCUUGGCUCGCGUUCCGCGCACGCCCCCUCGACUAG